UCAGAUAAAUCGUCACUGAUGUUGACCCUGAGCAGGACGCCCACGCACACACUCCCACACCUUUGCAUAAUGCCCUCUUGCUCCUCCCCGUGUGGGUUGGUUGGGUGGCUCGGUAUGGUUCGGGCUGUGUGUGGGGCGGUCUGACGUGCGGACAACGAAUUAUCUCGCAGUGACAGCGUCCCCAGUCACAAACAGUCCACACGCGGCACACAGCGCACACGGCACAGCGCACAAGUUCACACACGGCACACAGGUGGACACACACAGCACGCAAGUUGACACACGCGGUAGACACAUCACACAAGUUGACAUACACAGAGCACACAAGUUCACACAUCACACACAAACUCACACAGACAUCACCGUCAUCGCCUGAGCCAUCAUUCGACUCAUCUCCGAGUAGCGUUCACGGAACGCAGUAACAUCGAGCAGCUCACAGUCCACCGCCGCGCGUUACCUGGAAAAACAAACGCUUCCCGGAGAUUGACAUCAAAUAAGUACUUUUAAAGUGUAGACAACACGACGGGUACUUCACGUCCGCAAGGUUGGCAGAUUGAGGUACGUAUUUCAAAACGUCACCAAUUUACCAUGAACAAUUACCAGUGAGCAGAUCGGCAACUCGCGUGUGAUGGCAUAAAGCGUGGGUAACUCCUGUCUCGUCAAAGACGUCCGGCCAGAGCGGAAGAGUAGGCGACAUCGCACCCUUCAGAGUGCCUCUGGAAGACUCCCCUUCAAUGGAGACUCUCCUACCAGCAGUUGCAUGAGCGGGGCUCUCGCGUUUUUGUUGUCACCCAACCAUUACCAACAACAACAGCCCGGAGUAAGACACGACGGGACGCCUCGCUUCAAAUGGCCGGGCCGCCCGCACGCACGGACCUCCUGGAAAACCUCGAGGUGUCCGAGCGAGACCUCGAGGAGGACCUGCGCUACAGCGAGCCGCGGCGUCUGGCGCUCGACGUGCUCGUGGAGCGUGGCGAGGUGCCCUACCGGCAGUUUCUGGAGCGCGAGGGCAUCGCGGACUUCUUGUCUCGCGGCGAAGUGGAGCACAUCCGGCGCCACCUCCUCGUGCCACCGGCGGCAGAAGCGGCGUCCGUCGAAUCCGCCGUCGUCGCCAACGGCGCCGACGACGGCGCCGACAACGGCGGCGGCGACCGCAGCGGCAGCAGCGGCGGCGGCACUUAUUGGCCCACCGUGUCGGACGUGGUGGUGCCAGAUUUGGAGCUGGGGUGGCCUUCGCCGUCCAACGCCGGGGGGCCCUGCCGCGGACAGACGAACGUGACCCUGUACGCGCAGCCUCCGCUGGGAGAAGGGGUCCCCACCAUCAAGCAGGUGGUGCGGCGCAUGCUGUGGCAAGCCACGCAGGUCAUUGCCAUUGUGAUGGACGUCUUCUCCGACGUUGACAUCUUCAGGGACCUGAUGGAUGUAGCCUGUGUGCGCAAGGUGCCGGUAUAUAUCGUGCUGGACAACAUUGGCUUCCCCACGUUCAGGAACAUGUGUGACUGCUGUGGCGUGAACGCGGGCAACAUAGAGAACAUGCGAGUGCGGGUCAUCAAGGGCACCGUGCACUGCUGUCGAACGGGCAAGAAGUUCCACGGGCAGAUGCUCGAGAAGUUUCUCCUCGUUGACUGCAGGGUCGCUCUCUGCGGCUCCUACAGCUUCACGUGGUCCUACGAGAAAAUCAACCGGAGCAUUGUCCAGGUGUUCACGGGCCAAGUGGUGGAGAUCUUCGAUGAGGAGUUCCGCAUCCUCUAUGGCCAGUCGGAGACACCAGACAGCAGCUGCAGCCCCAGCCGGGGUAUCGCACAGCAGCGCGACAUUUGGGACCAUCGCUUCCAGCUCGACGGGAAGACGCAGGACGCACGAGCCUGGGCGUUUGCGCGCAACUCGUCAAGCCACGGCUUAAGAAACUCCUACUCGUCGAUCAAGGGUGGAGGGUUCUCCAAGGACAGAACCGCCAACCCGAGCGUCGCGUCCGGUGACAAGGACUUGCUGAUGAUGUCGUAUGAUGAGGUUCACGCGAGGAAGAAGUGGCUACAGAAGCAGCAGCGCGACUCCGGCACCCCCGACAAGCCCCCGGUGCUCUUUCGUAAUCAGAAUGCGUCUGGGGCACUGCAGAGUCGGAGUUCAACUUGCAAUGCCUGGAAGCGUCACAGCUAUGCUGGGGAGUUAAUGGAAAGUAGCAGCAGCUUUCAAGCAAGCAAUAUGUUUUUUGAGAGCAGGGAUCAGGGAAGCAUUCGGCCGACUGGCCGCUGCCAGGACAGUACGGCGGCCAAAAUGUGCGGGCCUGCCCGCUACGGAAGUGUACGCUUUCUAGAUGUCGAAAGUCAGAAGUUUAGGGGGCCGGAAUUGUUUCUGCAGAGGCAGGCAUCUUUACUUUGUGAAGGCUCCCAAGAGGGCUCCAUGACAAAUUCAGAGCAGGAGAGCUGCAAAUUCACAACGCAUCACAACUCGGAGAAAUUCAGCAAGCUGUCGUCUUCUUCGAGGGAGGUGAAGGUAGGCUCGCAGUUUCUGAGCAGCGGUGGCAAACCAGAAGGCAAUACCCCUGGCCGGCUGUACGCAAUGCCACCGCAGUUCCACGAACAGAGACGGUCCAACGGUGAGCACGCCAACACGGGUGCCACAGGAAGGCAGGGAAUGGCUACAAAAGUCAACUCUGACCACAAAUUAAGAGCCAACCGUUACUUUGACAAGAAUAGCUGUAAUGAGGAAGGCAACACUUCAGAUGUGAAAGGAGAUGAUGUCAACUACCCCGGAAAAUUAGACAGGUCUCCAAGAAUAACCGCCGAGGCAAAAACGACGCGGGAAAUUAUUAACAUCAAAUCUAAGUUUAAGUUUGCACGGAAUUUGUGGUUUCAGGCCUCCCUACCAUUGAGCAGCAUGUACAAAAGGGAGUCUGCGAUCAAUAAAUAUGAUGCUACAGUGGACCGUGUACACGUGGAAAGGUUUCCUAAGUAUGUGUCACAAGUAUCGCUCAAGCAAGGGAGGAAUUCAGAAAUUACAAACGAUGAGAGUGAAACACAUUCCAGCGAGCAGCCCUUGCUCUUUUCAAGAUUCAGGACAGCUCCGAAAGAUCAAGUCAAGGAGACAGUGAGAAGCUCUUUACCAAUUUUGUCGGCAACCGGGGGCCAGGAUCAUCUUCAGCUGAAUCGUCAUCAAACCACGUCCAUGAAUAACCUUCAGAGCAAGGAAGCAACGGGCGACUGUCGCAAUGGAAUGCCAGCGGAACGCUCGGGCGAAUUGUCCCUUCGCACGCUCUCAAUGCCAUCCUUCAUGGAGACCGGGCCCCAAGGACUUCCCCAGGGAGCUACGAUGAAGAUGUCUUCGUUAUGCAAAGAGGGGGAAAAGGAUGAGAGCGCGAUGGCAAAACUCAAAAGGUCACCAGAAUUCCGAUCGCUGUUUUACUUUUCGCCGGACAAGGGAUACGAGCACUUUUUGAAUGAAGCCGCUCAGAGGAUAGAUGAUGCCAGGUCAGAUGAGCUGGCUGGAAGACAAGCGGAGAGCAGCAUCCCGAAGAACACCAAGCUUUUGGAGAAGAGUAAAGUGAACGCUCUACCUUACGCAGCCUCUCCCUCAAAGUACGAGCACAUCCCUACCUCUUUCACGCUAGCCUCUGCUGAGACGAAGAGCUCGGCGCUGCUCGAGAAUUUCAGUCCUGAUGUCAGCACCAAUUGUCUUGUGGAUACAAAAAACUCCAAUAUGGCACCACUGCCCAGUCCCAGACUAAACGCAGGGAGCAAACUAACCAAGAGACCGAGUGAGGUUAGGCCAGAGUCGAAUUACUUGGGUGGGGCUUGCCACAGAGAGUCAAUCAGUGGGGCCCUUGACGAAGUGGCCCCUACAGCAGCCGACCUGACCCCAAAUGAUGUUGAUCUGACUCACACUAAAGCACAGGAGCUGACCCCUAGAGCAGUGGAACCAGGAGACAAAGAAGUAGACCCCGAUACCGCAAAGCCCGAAGACGUAAACAAGAGCAUUGAUCUCCGGUCGCAGGAGCUACUGCAGAAGAUCGACUGCAUGCGCAGAGAGAAGCGCCCUUACAGUCGCUUUGAGGUCUUCUACAAGACUGAUGAGGACGACGCGGGGAAAGGGUUAGCAGCAGAGGCACCGGCGGUACCGGACACUCGUCCCGUGUGGCAGUCAAGGUUUGACGUGGACUUGGGAAGAGGUGGAGCGCAGGCGUCGCUCGCUGACUACAACCGGCUGAGCCGGCACGGCUCGCUUUCCAAUCUAAACAGCUCCUUCAGGACCGACGGAGGUUUUGGUGGCCCCGGAGGUGGUCACCGAACCACUACAAUGAAGCGAUUAACACCGCAGCAGUUGCAGCAGCAGCAGCAGCAGCGCCACGUGCAUACCAAUCAUCUGACCGGCGACCGGCAGAAGGAAGAGAGGCGGCUGCCUAAAUUAAUGCAGAGGUUCGUGGUCACGUUCAAAGCCAAGAAGAAGUAAGCAGAGGACGACGUUUCAAGAGAGGAGCGCGUGGAGAAAUAUUUUCUGUAUAUUUUUUUUUGCGGGUGGAGCAGUUGCGUAGCGGUUUCCGUACUGCGCAUUGAACUCAGCGGUCUGUUUUGCUCGAACACGGCCAACAUCAGUGGCGAGUGACAUUUGAACUGUCCUUGCCUCCCCCGCUCCUCUCCCCCCGCCUUUACUGAGCAGCGCAUUGAACGGGUUUGUGAAUAUAACGCACAUUUACACCCACUGCUUGCCUUGGGAAAUGUCUACCAUUGAGAUUUUGCGUAAGAGGAAUUAGCGUGAGAUACAACCCGGCUGAGUCUUAAUCACAACGUAUUUGUGUAAAUAAUAUAGUAUUUAAUUUAUACGUUUUAUGCAUGUUCAACUUGUUUCGCGCCGUACGUAGUCAACCGUGCUCAUCGGAGGUUGUAUUGAGUCUCAUUUGCAUUUACUUCCCUUUCUCAAUUGACUGCUGGAGAAAGGCCCGCAGUGUCGGUCAUGGGAUUUUCUCACCAUAAUUCACCAAGCUGAACUUGUCAAAGUUGGUUUCCAAAGUGGAACUGUUUCUGUUCCAUGGCCACUUGCAGGCGUCGCACCCCGCGAUUCAUCGCAUUGUUUCAUGCCGGCGUCCUGAUGCUAUAACCACCUGUGAUUGGAUGGGAUUGAUCCCAUGCAGCUUCUUUCGACUCAAAACCGGCCCACCGCAUCACAAAUACAUGUAAUCGACAAGUUACAAAGCACGGGUAACAUGUUUAAAAAUCCCUGUGCGUGGGCACUUGAUGCCAUUUUCAUCAUCUUAAAGUGUACAGUCACCGUAAACUAAAUAAAACAAAAACGCAACACCUUUGUCAUUAGCUCUGUAGCUUUCAAAGGAAAACGUAUGAUCGGCGACGUUUCGGGCAAUGGCCCUCCUUCACAGCACAUUCAUUCUAUGGAGGGCCAAUGAAGACAAAGCGUUGCCUGAAACAUUACGUGUUGUAUAGUUUUACUAUGAAAGCCGCAGUGCCAUUGACGAGCGUGAUAUUGAAGUUUUUUGUUUGUUGUGCCUGUUCACCACAUAUAAUGUGCUUUAACUGAAUCAAUGGCACUUUUAUGAACAAAAAUAGUGAAUUGUAAGCUCAUAAAAUGGUGUUACUUGGCAUACAUUGCAGAGUCAAUGUAUCUGUACAUCUGCAACCAACGGAUGAUUGCAAUCUCGCAGUGGUUGUGUCUAUUUAAAACGAGGACUAGUGUUGACAAUCGGGCAGGAUCUUCCGCUCUGACCGCACAAACGAUUCGGUGAGCUUAGCUGCAGAGUGAACCGGAGCAGCCUAAUCUUGAACGGAACAGAAUGAAGGAAACAUUUUUGUCUCUCUCUCAAAAAUCAAAGCAUGACGCAGUAAAACCUUGCACACAUACACGGCCCCAUUUGAUCAAUUCACUGCUGGAUGAGGGCCUCCCCAUGUCGUGUGUUGUGAGGAUUGUUUGGCAAUACUUCACCUAGCUGCUCAGUAUAGUCUGGUGAACGGCGAGGUGCAGGCCAGGUUGGUUGGUUAAGUGUGGGUUGGUUAAGACGGGCAGUGGGAGCAUAGAAGCACGGUGCAACUAUGGAUUUUGUUUUUCGAUCCUCGUGCCUGAAGUUUGUUCGGCAAGUUAAUUCAACGUGGUGAAAAUAAAGAGUCGUAGACCAAUCAGUUUACAGAGGAAUGUUUUUAAUAAAAUACAUACGACCUACUUCUACAUAUCGUUUGCAAACAAGGUCAUUUACGGUAAUAAAAUGUAAUGGAACAAAAACCGAAAAGUACAAAGCAUAAACACAAGCAUUCUACUCACCUGGUAUCGACAAUCAAGGG